UUAUUCUGAAAGGUAUUGGCUGGAUGUUACGUAUGUUCCGGUAGUCUCGGGUCUGUCAGCAGCUUGACUCUCCCAUCUCGUUGAGCACCCACUUGACAAGCCGAGGAUACUCUGACGAACUUUGAAUCUGUUGUACAUCUCGAUUAUGGACUCCAUUCAGACUACGGUGUCUGGAUUUUCUCUGGACCUGGGACCACUGAAAGAGCCGCUUGGAUUCCUUCGUGUGCUCGAAUGGGUUUUUACCAUUUUUGCCUUUGCCACAACCGGAGGUUACUCUGGGACGUCUCACUUCACAGUCAAAUGUGUUGAAUCCGGGGAAGCCUUCAAUGUCAAACCUGGUUUUGGAUACCCCUUCAGGUUGUCAGCAUACCCCUACGACGUGCCUUCGUGCGAUGGCGCUCCUGCAAAUCGCACCUUCCUCCAGGGAGACUUUUCCUCCUCUGCCGAGUUCUUUGUGUGCGUGGGUGUGUUUGGUUUCCUCUACUGCACUGCUACGUUGGUUCUCUACUUGGGUUACCAGCACGUCUAUCGUCAGACCACCCGCGCUCCCUUCAUAGAUCUGGUGGUGACGGCUGCCUUCGCCUUUCUGUGGCUCGUGUCCUCUUCGGCCUGGGGCAAAGGUCUGACUGAUGUGAAAUGGGCCACAAACCCAGAGCACUUGGUGGAGAAUUGCACACAUUGCCAUCCGGGAGAAUUCCCCUCCAUGGGACGCCUUAAUGCCUCAGUGAUUUUUGGCUUUUUGAAUCUGAUCCUUUGGGCAGGAAACUGUUGGUUCAUUUACAAGGAGACUUCAUUCCACAAGGAUCCCAGCCCACCGAGCAACAUGGAAGAAGGAGGGGCCCCUGGGCCUUAAGUCCCAUGUUCAAUCGACGAAACCAAGGCAAUCCCCCACAGUUUCAUUUUGGCAUUUUUAUCCGACAAACGGUUGUUGACCUUUUCUCUUUGCUCACACUGCAGCUCUAUUCGAAAGGGUUUGCGAUUUCGACCUGGUGUUUCUGAAACAGCAGGGCCUAUUCAGGGCUUCAAGAUGACCUUCCUUGAUGUUUUGCCUUCAUGAUCAAGUUGAAAUGUGAAGGGUGUUGAAUUAGCCAAAAUAUCUUCAUUUGCGCGAUGAUAUUGAUGAAAACAUGUUUUUAUGCAUUCAAAUUCAAAAAGUGCCUAAUAACCAAGCCGGGAGUCAAGCACUCCCAUUUUUGGAAAAAAAUGAUUGUAUUCAUCAUACAAUGAAACAUGGAGGAUGUAUGUAGAAAUUCAGCUCUAUUUCACAUUUUCUUGUCCAUCUUGUACAGCUUAGCAAAAGCCAUGACAACAAAUCAUGUCAUGUAUCACUUCAAGUUACUGUGCGUGCAGAUUCCAAAGCCAAAAGGGUAAUAAUGCUUUGUCCUAAAGAGAGAGAGAGAGAGAUCUCUUUUUCACCAGAAAACAGUUACCACACUGGCUGUAUAUUCAAACUACUGACAGAAUACAUCUUGAAUUUCUGAAACGCUUUGGGAGCUGCUCAUCGUUACUUGUGCCCCUAGCCCACUCAGCAAUUGCGGAUCUUCUCAAAAGCGGCGAGCGUUACAUUCGCGUCGUCAGGGUUGCUUCAAAUGGUUUCAACAAUUUAGUAUAUUGUGGUGUAAAAAUUGAGCAUGAAAUGAAGAAGUGUCCAAAUUCCUUUGUUUGGCGAAAAUGUGCAACCUUGCACCAACCCGACGGAGAAGACAACAUGCGCAAAGACAAGUGGGAAUGAGACAGGUGCUAGCUACCCUUCUAUUCUUAGUUGUUCUUUUCUUUUGCUUUGUUUGUACGCAUGUCGUUUCAUUGCAGACACGAUUUUGCCGCCGUCUACUGUCGUACUUCUUUGACAGUAAUAUGAGCAAAGGUUGUUCCCGUUUUCCCGCUCGUACCAGGAUCAAGCUCCCAUGUUUACACCCAAAGCUGCAGUGGAAUAUUUGAGUGCGCCAAUCCCACUGCCAAUCACUCGUUGCAAUGUUUUGAACUGCUUUUCUGUUUGUAUUUUCCCACUGGAAAAGGUGCUUUGUGUACUGUGCUUUGCCACUAGCUACUAUAUAUCUGCUUGCUUGCGAGUGAAAUGCGGCCUACUAGGUUUAGCGCAUGCCAUCCUGCUGAUUCCCGCAUUGACUUCAAGCAAUCGUCUAAUAGGUGAACCCUGUCAACUUGAGUGCCUUAUUACAAGGGUCUAUCAAAUAAAUUCAGAUAUUGGGUAAAA